AUGAGGGAGCAAUGGGGGAACCUGAGUAAAAGAUUUGAAAAUGAGAGGGACCAAAAACUAAUUAUCGGAGAUUUCAACGAUAUUCUGUGUAAUGAGGAAAAGGAAGGAGGUAAUUACAGAGUGACUUCUAGUCUGAGGGAUUUUAGGGAGUUCGUGGUCGGAAACAAGCUAAUGGAUUUGGGCUUCGAGGGAUAUCCUUUCACAUGGAGGAACAAUCGGGACGCUUUUCCAAGCAGAGAUUGGAUCCGGCUACGAUGGGAUGGAACAGCUUGUAUCCGGACUCAAAGAUCAGGCACGUUCAGAGGUUCCUAUGCUUUCAGAUUCUGUGAAAAGAUUAAAUCUCUCAGAAGGUGUUUAAAAGCCUGGUAUAGAGUGAGAGGUAGGAAUUCUAAACAAGUCAUCGAGCUGCUGAAAAGUGAGAUAAGAAGUGCGUACGAAACCAACGAUUUUACCUCGGAAAGGGUCAAACAAUGGGAGUGUGAGUUGAGGUUUGCUAAAAAAAAUGAAGAGAGUUAUUGGAAAGCCAAGUCAAGGAUCCAGUGGUUAAAGGAGGGUGACAAAAACACGAAAUUCUUCCAUGCACAAACUAUGAAGCGUCAGAAAUCCAAUCAAAUUCGAGGGCUGGAGGACCAGAAUGGGGUAUGGCGUGAGGACGAAGCGGGAAUAUGCUCCAUGGCUAUAUCCUACUUUAUGGAGCUCUUUUCGAUUAGCUGUCCUAUGUAUUGGAAUGAGCCAAACUGCGGCAUAGGGGCUAGGGUGUCGAAUGAAGAUAACAUCGCCUUAACGGCGAAG